UUCAAAUUCUCAAGUACAAAGAUUGAAUAACGACAAGAACCAUAAAAAAAAUCAUCUUUGAAACGUGCAGUUGCCAAAAAUAAUAACUUUUGUACACUGAAAAAAGAUUGAAACUUUGUAAUUGUUUUUUACAAGAAACACAUUUUCUUGAAAUGGGGGUUUGAGUUUUGACUAUUUGAAUCAUCUUCUUCAAAUUUUUCUUUUACUUCACUUAAAAUUCUGCAGAAAAUAGACUCACUCUUGUAGCCAUGUCUACCUGUAAUUUUCUUGGUAGUUACCAGCUUUACACUUGUUGUAAUGUUAAAAAACCACACAUUGGUUCCUUUAAAAAGAGUUCUUUUUCUCAAUCUUGGUCAAAAAGGCCAAAUGAGUCAUCUUAUUUUCACAAGAAUUCUCAAUUUGGAAGAAGCAAUUUUGUUAUAGUGAAGGCUUCAGAUUCAAGAACUACCAGAAAACAAGUAGAGAUAACAUAUAAUCCUGAAGAGAAGUUUAAUAAGUUAGCCGAUGAAGUAGAUAGAGAGGCUGGGCUUUCAAGACUUACUCUUUUUUCACCUUGCAAGAUAAAUGUUUUCUUGAGAAUAACGGGCAAGAGGGAUGACGGCUAUCAUGAUUUGGCAUCUCUCUUUCAUGUAAUCAGUCUAGGAGAUAAAAUAAAAUUCUCGCUGUCACCAUCGAAAUCAAAGGAUCGUUUAUCUACUAAUGUUGCUGGAGUUCCACUCGACGAGAGAAAUUUGAUUAUAAAGGCCCUCAAUCUUUAUAGGAAAAAAACUGGAACAGACAAUUACUUUUGGAUUCAUCUUGAUAAGAAGGUGCCUACUGGGGCUGGUCUUGGUGGUGGGAGCAGUAAUGCUGCAACAGCUCUGUGGGCAGCAAACCAAUUUAGCGGCUCUCUUGCCACUGAAAAGGAGCUCCAAGAAUGGUCUGGUGAGAUCGGUUCUGAUAUUUCUUUCUUUUUCUCCCAUGGAGCUGCCUACUGUACGGGUAGGGGUGAGAUUGUUCAAGAUAUCCCAUCGCCCAUACCAUUUGACAUUCCAAUGGUUCUAAUAAAGCCUCAACAAGAAUGCUCUACUGCUGAAGUUUACAAGCGUUUUCAAUUGGAUCAGACUAGUAAGGUUGAUCCCUUGAGCUUGCUGGAGAAGAUCAAAACUAGUGGAAUAUCUCAAGAUGUGUGUGUCAAUGAUCUAGAACCUCCUGCUUUUGAAGUUCUUCCAUCUCUUAAAAGGUUAAAACAGCGAGUGAUCGCUGCCGGCCGAGGACAGUAUGAUGCAGUCUUCAUGUCUGGAAGUGGAAGCACAAUAGUAGGGGUUGGCUCUCCGGAUCCUCCACAAUUUGUUUACGACGAUGAAGAAUACAGGGAUGUCUUCUUGUCAGAAGCUAGUUUCAUCACUCGGGCAGCCAAUCAGUGGUAUGAGGAACCAGUUUCAGCUAGCAAUUAUGGUGAUCAAGCCGCGUUCUCCGGAUCUUUUGAUAAUUCUUAGGCUCAGGGCCAAUAAAUUGAAGCAAUUAGGAUUAGUAUGUAGUUGUAUAUGUUGGGAAAAAUAAGGCACAAAAACAAUAUGCACGACAAGGUAGCAGCGGAAUAAUACCCAAGUCUAAUUUCCGAAAUCUAUUUGAACCAAGAGAAAGACAUACACUACAAUGAAUUCAAGCACAAAUGGACUAAUUAAUCUAUCAUUGUAAGGAGAAAAGUUGCUGCCACGUGACCAGGAGGUCACGGGUUCGAGCCGUGGAAACAGCCUCUUGCAGGAAUGCAGGGUAAGACUGCGUACGAUAGACCCUUGUGGUCCGGCCCUUCCCCGUACUCCGCGUAUAGCGGGAGCUUAGUGCAUCGUGCUGCCAUUUUUUUGUUUUAAGGAAAAAAGAUUUCAGAUUCAUUGUUGCAUGAUUGCAAUCAAUUGAGUGAUGUUUUCAUCUUCACACACUA